AGACGGCGGCCACCCGCGCCGGCAGUGGCACGGGCUCCUGCAGCGGUCGCUGGCUGCGGCUCGCCAGCUGCUCCGCGCCCCUCGGACCGACCCUCUGCGCGCUCGUCUCCCCCGUCAGCCUACCUCGCUCCCCGGCGCCAUGACGACCACUACUACAUUUAAGGGCGUGGACCCCAACAGCAGGAACAGCUCCCGGGUCUUGCGGCCUCCGGGUGGCGGCUCCAAUUUUUCUCUCGGCUUCGAUGAACCCACAGAACAGCCGGCGAGGAGGAACAAGAUGGCCUCCAGCAUCUUCGGGACCCCUGAGGAGAACCCCCCUUCCUGGGCCAAGUCCGCGGGUGCCAAGUCAAACAGCGGCAGGGAAGAGGCGGAGUCAUCAGGACCCCAGACCCGCAGCGCAACUGAAGCCAGCGCUGGAGACUUCAUGGAGCUGAAGGGGGAAGGUGAAGUUCACGAAAACACGGAUGCAGAUUUGCAGGCCCAGAGUGAAGAGAAGCCGGUGCCCGCCGCCCCCGUGCCCAGCCCCGUGGCGCCAGCCCCAGUGCCAUCCCGGAGAAACCCUCCUGGUGGCAAGUCCAGCCUGGUCCUGGGUUAGCCCCGCCUCCCCGCGCCUGUUGGUGUGUGUAUGUGUGUGCGUGCAUUUUCUCCGUGCUCGUGAACUACACAACUUGAGCCUGAACAUCUUUCUGAUUUGUUUCAUUAAAAAAGAAGCACUUUAUGUA